UUCCACUCUAUGCAUCACCGCAGACAGCCCCUCGCGCUCGUCCACACCUCUUAAAGGUUAUUUAUUUUGUCCCCGACGGAAAGUCCACUUCGGUUUUUGUGUGAGGCUCCAAAAAUCUAUGAAAUGUGUUUGCAUGUUCUUCUCCGGGCGCGAGGAUGUGGAGGUGGGAUAGAGAGACGCGAGAGGCUGGAGGAGCGCACGCGCUCGCUCUCGGACAAAGUGCGUUCUGCGUGUAUCUGCCGGUGUUUGGGGGCUAUUGAACGAACCAACGAGAAUAAUUCAGUCUGGGAUUCUCAGGCCUUAGCUAAUGGAUGUUUAAGAUGUUCAUGAGGCUCGUCUAGUGUGGACUGCUGAUUCUCCAGCUGUGCGCGCGUCAAUCUGGUUUGGCUUCGGUCUUCAGAGGAACGUUGCAACUCUACCCCCCCACCCCCCACCCCUUCAUCCUAAGCUCCCUCAUCUCCCUCUCCCUCCCCCUCACGCCGUGGCCCAUGUCCGCCAGCGGAGGGUCCAUGGAGGGAAGUCGAGCCGUAGAGGAUGAGGAGGCGCAGGACAGCUGCUGCGGGGAUGAAGACACGUCCCCGGUGGUGGAACGGAGAAACCGCAGCGGCAUCAUCAGCGCUCCUCUCAGCAAAAGCCUGAAGCGCUCACGGGCUCUCUCGCAGUACAUCGCGACCUGCUCGGCCGCUGCCGUCGCCAGUGUCGCGAACGCUAACAGACUCGCUCAGAGCUCCAUGGUGGCGACGGGUGUCAAAGCGCACCCUACGGCCAGCCAGCACAGGUCACAAGUCGGGUACGCCAAACUGGACCGGGGCGCGUUAAUGUCCGGUCUUCUGGACUCUCCGAGCGGCCUGCAUCUCGCGCAGGCCGCCGAGCUCCUGCGGCGGGCGGGGAUGCUCCUUCCGGUCAGCGACCCUUCCAAUGUCAGCGUGGGAGGGGACAUGGAGGCGGUCUCGGCUUCUGAUUCGCUGGGCAGUGUGAUGGACUUCCCGUUGUUCGGCAAUGGCGGAGUGGGCGGCAGCUUUCCGUAUCACCCGGGGCUCUUCAUAAUGACGCCAGCGGGAGUGUUCCUCGCCGACGGGGCGCUUUCUCACGUGACCGGCGCGUCGGAACACCAGCAGACGCAGAGCGAGAUUUCGUCGGCCAUCGGCGCCAACGGGAAGAAAAAGCGGAAGCGCUGCGGCCUGUGUCCACCCUGCCGGCGCAGGAUUAACUGCGAACAGUGCAGCAGCUGCCGCAACCGGAAAACCGGCCAUCAGAUCUGCAAGUUCCGCAAGUGCGAAGAGCUCAAAAAGAAACCUGCUGGCGGGCUGGAGGUAAGAUGAAGGUGAUGCUGCCAACCGGAGCUCCUUUCCGAUGGUUUCCGUAGGGCAGCUGGACCCUCCCCCCAAGACUUCCAUCCCAUAAUGAAGGACUCCCGAUGGAAAGUGACGCUACUCCCACUCGGAACGCCGUGGCGCUUGCAAACACUGGGUGCACACAAACAAAUAAAACAAAUGAAGAGCGGAAUGAAAGCACUAUUUGAAAACGAACGUG